AUGGAAAAAUUUUUCGAGCCUGUGUGCCGACCUUUGGAGGACCUCCCUAAGUUCCCUGAGGAAUGUCCUGUUGAGGAAGUCAGCGCUCUGAACUUCUAUGAUAGAGUUAUAGCGGCUGCUAGACCCGACAUGGCGAUACUACUGCAAAUGUAUGAGGAUUCUUGUUUCCUUUGCUUCCUCAUGCGGCCCUUCAUAAACCAGUUGGAAGACACUUUCCGCCGUGCACAUCUUCCUAUUACUAUUAAGCGUCUCAACAUCGAGAAGAACGAUUUUCCCCUGGGGUGCCCAGUAGCAAGAGGCACACCAACGUUUGUCCUUUACCGCGGGUACUCUCCCAAGCCAGAUAAGUUGGCAGAAUUCCGACCUAGGGAUAUCGUCGACCGAAUUCGAACGGACCUCCUGCAUGAACAUCCCGGAAUAACGUUAUCAGAGCAUUUACUGCGGAAAUGGGAGGGGAUGGUAAAUCAGGUCUCUCAGAGGUUCCAACUCUUAUCACAACUCAUUAUGUGGAAUACAGAACUCGAGAAGUCACAGAUGGUCCUUGCUGGUGUUAGCAGUGAUGCUCCGGAAGCGGACAUGGCGAUGAACGAGUAUCUGGUUAUGGCCAGCUCGGGUGACGAUAAGCAGUUGUUCACUACAGUGGUGUCUGAGAUAAUGUCCGCCGAUAUGAGACGGACGGACCUCUUGGAUGAGAAUAUCAAAUACUUGAACAAAGAAGUGAUGAACGCGGAAAUGGAUGCGUUGGUAAUGGCGGAGAUGAUGGCUGAGAAUGUUAUUCAAUUAGAAGAGGAAAAAGGAGAGGUCUCUGAGCGUAUUGCCUAA